UUGAUUGCCAACACCUGCGCGUAUUGAUCAGCGGCGGCACGUGUGUGGCCCUGUUGACCUCGAGCUCUCAGUGGAGAGUCUCUCCUAAGUUUUGACUGGUUUCGUUGUUUACAAUGGAAAAACAAAUGCUGAUGUCAGCCGUGCUUCGUUAUUUUCGCAUGGUUGUCUUACUGCUGCUGGUCAGCUGCAGCUGGCCGUUGUUUAGAUCACCUCUGGCAGUCUCCAAUGCGCUGCACAACCUGGGCGACAUCACGUACCCUUACGGCAGCAUCUUCUCUCCGCUGCUCAAAGCCCUGUCAGAGCACGGAGGGUCGGGGUGGAAUACAGGACUGAAGAGAAAGAUGAAACCCGAGCAGAGGUACAUGAAAUAUCUGACGCAGGUUUACAAGAAGUCCUCCAGAGUGCAGAGGAGUUUGGACGGGAUUACGAUCUACAACACGGUCCGACUGAUCAAGCCUCAAGAUGAAUGUCUUGCACAAACUCAUAAAGAGAGUUUUAUGCAGGAUCUGUCCUACAGCCUUGAUCAAGUAAGAAGAAAAGAACAGCUUCUGAAGUCGGCCUUGCUGUACAAUUUCAACCAUGACCGUGCAGCACCUGUCAACUCCGUGUGUUACCUGAGUGUCAAGGAGCAGGAGCAUUCAAACCAGUGUGAGCUGUGUCCUGAGGUCCACCACACUGUGAACUUCACAGCCAGCACUAACAAGAGUUGCAGGAGGAAAUGGGUGGAGGUUGACAUCACCUCGUUUCUCCAGCCUCUCUUAAAAUUUGAGAAGAAUAUACACCUGCUCAUCAACGUAACCUGCCCAGAGGAACAAAGAGCCAGUGGUAAUAGGCGCAAAGGCCCACUGCAGUUCACCUUGAGCUCCCCUCCGCUGCUUCUUUAUCUCAAUGAUACCAGCAAAGUUGUCCACCAGAGGUUACUGGUCAACGCCAGAGCAGGUAAGGGCCGGCCUGCAGUGAAUGCGUUUCACAAGAGGGUUUUCAAACCAGAACAGAGAACUGGGCAAAAUAGGAGAUUGAAGAGGGAAUCUUCAAAGAGCAAACGAGGGGAUAAAAGUCUGGAUAUCCACCUGCCUGAGCUUCUGUCGAGCUCUGAAUUCCCAACAAGUGACUGUGCUUUAUAUGACUUCAGGGUGCGAUUCAACCAGCUCAAACUGGAUCACUGGAUUGUUUUUCCACCAAAGUACAACCCCAGGUACUGCAGAGGCAUCUGCCCGAGGACCAUGGGCUUCAUCUACGGUUCACCUGUCCACACCAUGGUGCAAAACAUCAUCUAUGAGAAGCUUGACUCCUCUGUGCCCAGGCCCUCCUGUAUUCCCUCCCAUUACAGCCCCCUGAGUGUCAUGAUCUUUGAAGAGGACGGUUCCUAUGUCUACAAGGAGUUUGAAGACAUGGUUGCCACCAGGUGCACAUGUCGCUAAGCGAGCUACCAACAUGUCUUUUCUUCUUUCUUUCUUUUUCUACGGGCUGAAUAGAACAUCAACACAAACCUCUUCAACAGCCAUCACAGGUAGAGUAUCAGAUACUCUGACCUGGCUCAGUGAUAUCAUGAAUUUAUAAAAUCGUUGUGCAUGAAGUUUGAUCUGGAGCAGGUGUGUUUACUUAAACAAAAAAGUAUUUUAUCCAAUUGAAAAAUGUGGAGACGUGACAUUUAUUUCCUUUCUGUUAAGGCGUGACAAGAAAAGGUUGCCAGUGCAACCUUUUCUUGAACUGCUGUUUGAAAUAUAGCAUUGAAUCUGACACACUUGAAGAUAAAAUGAGUGUUGUAUGAUUUUGUAUAUUUGUUUAUUUUUAAGUUAUUUUUUUUGUUAACUUAUUUUGGGUGGGUGGUCUGUCAUUAUUCUACACAAUUGCCAAGUUUUAAGUGGCCCUGUUCUGGACAAAAGAUGAAAAAAGCAGUCUCAAACUCUUAGCAAACCUUUUACAUAUUGUUUUAUUCCUGGGGAUUACAGACAGCUGUCUGAAUGGCAGUCUCCAUAAUGUCCAGAAUGAAAGUUGUCAAGGUUUCAGUGUGUAUUUAUGACUUCUGGUCACUGAGUGACUGCAUGCGUAUGAAUUGACUGCACUUAUGAAUUUGUACUGGUUGAAUGUGACUCAAUGCUUGUCAUGUCAAUUUAUGCAAAUAGAAUGAAUUGACUGUAGACAGAAUUCAAAGAAUUAAAAUAUGUAGACAGGUUCUCUGAAAAGGUGGAAAAAUAAAAAAUAUAACAUGCAUAAA